AUGCGUUUGUGCCUCCUCAGACAGAUGCUGGCGCAGAUGGCCACUCUCCUCCCUCUCUCUGUGGGACAGGGGGCCAGGAUGAAGGGGCUGAAGGGGAUGGGCGGAGACCGGCUGGCUCUCGGAGAUGGAGCUCGCGAUAAUAAUCAGAGGCGUGAAAUUACAACGCUGAUAUUUGUAGCACCCAUGGGCUCUCAGCUCACCCCGUCCUACAGCACGAGCACGUGA